AUGGCGGUUAGGGUUUGGCUCUCCGCCAUCCUCCUCGCCUUCCUCCUCGCCGCCUCCCCCUUCGCCCAAGUUGCUAGAGCUCAGUCUGAGGAAGAUGCUGCUAUGCAAGAAGUUGUUGAUGGGGCUGAUCUAGGAUAUGUGGGUGAUGAUACUCCGGUUUCCAGUGAAGAGCCUUUAAGCCCUGCUCCUGGUGUGGAGACUGUUUGCGUCUUCCCCAAAAACGCUGGGAAAAUUGUACCAGCAGGUGAAGAAACUGAGCUUUUGGUUGGCCUGCAAAAUGAGGGUGAAUCAACUUUGAAUGUUGUUGCUGUCCAUUCAACCCUGCAUCUUCCUUAUGAUCACAAAAUGUAUGGACAAAACCUUACAGUUCAGAGUUUCUACAACGCGUCAGUUCCUGUCUCUGUGCAAGCAACCUUUCCCUAUACAUUUGCCGUGAGCAAAUUCUUGCAGCCUGGAGCAUAUGAUCUUGUUGGUUACAUUGUGUACGAGAUUGAUCAGCACCCUUACCAGAACGUAUUCUACAAUGGCACCAUUGAGGUUGUUGAGGUCGGAGGGUUACUGAGUGUUGAAUCUGUGUUCCUUAUUACCCUUGGAAUUGCACUUCUUGGUCUCCUAGGAUUGUGGGCUUAUGGUCAAGUGCAACAGCUCUCGAAGAAAACAAAGAAAGGCCCCAAGGUGGAACUCGGAACUGGAACAACUGACGCCAACAUGGACGAGUGGCUGGAGGUACCGCGUUUGCAAAGGACAAGGCCAAGAAAAACAAAUAGAUUCGAGGUUGAUGGGCCUAGCUAG